AGGAAUUGUGGGAGUUGAAGUCCAAAACACCUGGAGGGAAGGCCCAAGUUUGCCUGUGCCAGCAUAUAACUACAUUGGCUAUACUCUGCAAUGUAAACAUUACCAUUCCUAGGAUGUUUCCUUCCUGCCUGGCAUAAGAGAGCUGGCCUGGGUGGGCUUUGUGGUGUCUCUUCCAAUGCUACUUCUAUGGCACAGCAAUGCGCUCCUUGCACCUGCCUUGGCUCGGCUAUGUUUGCAAACACAGGCUCAAAAUAGAACCAGCGUCCAGUCCUGCGCUCGGAGCGGUCAAGGGCCAGAGCAGCCUUGCAAGUCCCCCUUGCUCUCCGGCCAUGCCCCACAACAGUGUCCUCCUGCUGCGUUCCGCCCUUUCGGUCGCCCUGGGAUGGAUGCAGCUGCCCGCACAGCUCCUGGCCUGGCUGACCGGUGCCCUCCAGGCCGCCCGGAGGCUUUGUCCGAAGUUUCUCUGGACAGAGGCCCCAGCACAGCCCCUUCCUGAGCCGUGGGAGAGCUGCCCCGAACUCAGAGUCUACAGAGGAGAAGGGGACAGCGGAGGAUGCGGACUGUUGACGGUGUGCACAGACCCCCACAGCUUCCAGGUACACCUUCCUCACCUGGCACGCCACAGCGCCUACUUUGCGGCUCUCUCUCGGUCCCACAUGCGGGAGACCUCCAGAGGCCACCUAGAUCUGACGCACGUCCCUUCGUCUGCUUUCCAUGCCGUCCUGGAGUGGGUCUUCUUUGGCCGCUUCUUCCUGGAGGAAGAGGACCUCUUACCUGCCAUCCAGGUGGGCAGCUACCUGGCACUGCCAGGCUUCCUGGACCGGUGCCGUGCAGCGCUGAGGCCCUUCUUGGCCCCCCAGAACUGCCUCUCCUUCCUGCACUUUGCAGAGAGCAUGGCCUGCCCCGAACUCAGGGCGGAGGUGUGCAGAUACCUGAGUGACCUCCUCCUGGAGCUGACACCGGCCAUCACUGGACAGCUGGACCCACACCUGCGGGAAGAACUGGCUCAGAUGCGCCUGGAGGGACUGCCUAACCUUUGCAUCCUGAGGAAGGAGAACGUUGUGACCCCACAAACCGGGGACCUGCCCAGGGGUCUCUUCCGCCGACCUUUGCCCCCCAAGGAGGGCGAGUGGCACUGUUUUGCCCAACUACCUUUCCAAGCCGAGAAGUGGAGCUUCAGCGUGGCCCAGCUGCUCAACUACCUCUUCCUUUCGGGGGGUUUCCGGGAGAAAAAGGGGGCCAGGGGCUUCGCCUUCUGCCCGGCGGCCUUCCGCUACAACCCCUUGACCGGCGCCUGGACCCCCAUCGCAGCCCCACAGAAGCGCCGGCGCCACUUCAGUCUGGUUGCAUCGGGGGCCCACCUCUUUGCCGUGGGGGGCUGGCACCUGGGCUCCCUCCUGGGGCCAGACAGCAGCACCUGCCUCUACGGAACGGUGGAGCGCUACGACCCCUGGGCUGACCAAUGGGCCCUGGUCUCCUCACUGCCCCUGGGGGAGCUCCCCUUCGCCGUCUCCCUGUCCCACGACCUGCCCCUCUGUGCCGCCCACCAAGGAUCCCUCUUCGCCUUGGGCAGCCUCCGCGGCACCGGAGAGAAGCUCCUCCUCAGGUACGACGUGGAGGCAGAUUCCUGGCAGGAGCUGCUGCCCACCUUGACGCGUGCGGACGCCGACCUCCCGGGGCUGUACUUUCUGGGGGGCACGGACCCACUCUUUGUGUUGGGGGGCAACACACAGGGCAAUGUGGUCACCACCUUCAGCCUCGAUCGCCGGGAGUGGGGUCCGGUCCGAGCACUGCCCAAGUGCGGUCUGGCAGGGCAGGGCCUGGCGCUGGACAAUGGGAUGCUCUUCAUGGCCUCUCCGGACGCAGACGCCAUCCUGGAAGUGGACUUGGAGGGUCUCUGCUGCCGCCCGCUGCCCCCGCCUCCCUUCCCCCUCUUCUAUGAGGCCCUCUUCCUCCUCCACUUCCCAGCGUCCACUCCUGAAGAGGAAGAGGAACAGGGGGGCUUGGGAGACCCCAAUACAUGAGUGUACGCCCCAUUGCGAGUCUGGGGUCAGGUGGAGAGAAGCCAUAGUCCCACUCUCUUCUUCUUUGGUCAGAUCUUCUCAUUGGAAUAAUAGUUUGUUUGGGUUGUUGUAGGUUUUUUCGUGCUAUAUGGCCAUGUUCUAGAGACAUUCUCUCCUGACGUUUCGCCUGCAUCUAUGGCAAGCAUCC